AUGGCUACCAUGCAACAAGUCUUCUCUGCCUACCAAAAGCGCCAAGCAGCGCUCGCAGCCAGCACAAAUCCCUACGCCCAAGGCGUCGCCUGGAUUGACGGCGAACUAGCUCCUCUCCAUGAAGCGCGCAUCCCCAUCCUAGACCAAGGCUUCAUGCACAGCGAUCUCACCUACGAUGUUCCCUCAGUCUGGGAUGGGCGCUUCUUCCGCCUAGACGACCACAUUGCCCGACUUGACGCUAGCUGCGACAAGUUGCGACUGAAGCUUCCUCUACCACGCGAGGAGAUAAAGCGUACCCUCGUCGACAUGGUUUCCAAAUCAGGCAUCCGCGAUGCCUUCGUGGAGAUCAUUGUCACUCGCGGACUGAAGGGUGUCCGAGGCACUGACCCCAAAGAUAUCGUCAACCGUAUCUAUAUGUUCAUUCAGCCUUACGUUUGGGUGAUGGAGCCCGAAGUGCAGCCUGUCGGCGGCAGUGCUAUUAUCGCGCGGACUGUGCGUCGCAACCCUCCUGGAUCGAUGGACCCGACGGUUAAGAAUCUGCAAUGGGGUGAUCUGAUCCGUGGGUUGUUCGAGGCGUCUGAUCGGGGAGCUACUUAUCCUUUCCUUACUGAUGGUGAUACGAACUUGACUGAGGGGUCUGGAUUCAAUAUUGUACUGGUGAAGGAUGGCGUGCUUUACACGCCUUCGCGCGGGGUUCUGGAAGGUAUUACGCGGAAGAGUGUAAUUGAUGCUGUGCGGGUGAAUGGGUUGGAGAUCCGCGUUGAAGUUGUCCCUGUGCAAUUGGCAUAUGAUGCAGAUGAGAUUUUCAUGUCUACGACUGCUGGUGGGAUUAUGCCCAUCACUAGUUUGGAUGAUCGGCCGGUGAAGGAUGGCAAGGUUGGGCCGAUCACGAAGAAGAUCUGGGAUACUUAUUGGGCUAUGCAUUAUGAUCCUGCUUAUAGCUUUGAGAUUGUAUAUGAGAAGGUGGCGCAGACACAGAAUGUGGCGCACCUCUGA